UUGGUCAUUCUGUGCCUGUUUCAUCUCGAGGACAUAUGAAGAAAACUUAUGGCAAUAUUCUACGGUUAGGAACUCAUGCUACAACGAAUGCCACAAAGAAGAGAAAUCAAAUUCCGAUGGAUGAUGACCAAUCCAAUCCAAAUGAGAACUGUCAUGAACCUGUGAAGAAGGCGCGUGGCAUUAGAAAGAAUAAGUUGGGAACUCCUGGUGUGAUCAAUCCAAUACUGAAAAGAGUUCAAAUCCCAAUGGACAAUGAGGAGUGUAUUCCAAAUGAGAAUUCUAACCCUCCUUUAGAUCCAGAACCUAUAAAGAAGACCCGUGGCAUUACAGUAGGGUUGAAAGCUCAUGUUAUUGUUAGUGCGACCAAAAAGAGAAUUCCAAUCAAGAUGGACAAGGAUCAAAAGCUUCCUGAGACCGUUCAAGCCAAUGCUAUGUUUGUUAACGAGAUUGGGUCAUUCAAACGCAAAUUAGCUCCAUUCAAAUUCAAAUGGUGGAGAAAAGUACCUAGGGAGGCCAAGAAUGACAUCACAGAGGCUCUGACAACUAAUUUCGAGUUUGAUUGGACCGACCCGGAGCUGAGGAUAUUUGUGGAGAAGAAGAUGGCCAAGGCAUUUGGAUCUUGGAGAUCCAAGUUGCAUCGACAUUUUAAAAAUUAUGCUCAUGAUUUAGAAUAUGCUCGAGCACACCCACCCGGAGAAAAGCUAUUUGGUGAAAGAUCAAUAGAUGAAUGGGAGUGGCUUUGUGACGAGUUGUUCAUAGAUGAAACCUAUGUGAAACGAAGUCAAGUUAAUGCUGCAAAUCGAAAUCAGAAAGAAUAUAAUCAUUGUGGAGGUUCACGGCCUUACCAAAAACAUAUGGAAGCUGCACAUAAGAAAGGUAAAAAUGUGUCUUUUGUUGAGAAUUGGAGCACUAUGCAUCAACAUUAUGACGGUCAGUGGAUCAACGAAGCAGCUGAACAAACUGGGAAGAAAAUGUUAGCCGAAUUGAAUCAAACAAAGGAGAAGUUGGCUGAAGUCCUUGGGGCUGCCUCACUUGAUGAAAUAGAAGUUCCCGUCUCUAUGCAGUUGGAUAUCUUAGCAAAUGGCGUUAGGGUUGCAAAGGGUAGAGGAAUUCGCGGUCUGGGCUAUGGUCGACGGAAGGAACCUGUCCAUUAUUCUAAGAGUGAUAAAUCUGCAAAUGCUCCCGUGACAGAACAAAAGGUGAUUAAGCUGACAGCCAUGGUGGAAAAGCUUUUGAGGCAUAUCAAUCACAUAGAAGAGCAACUUGCUACUGUUGAAGGGUAUACUAUUCAUCAUUCUAGUGAUGAUGAUUAUGAUGAUGGGGAUGAUGAUGAUGUGAAUAUCUAUGGGGAUGAAGAUGAGGGUGCAGGCUAG